GGAUUCACACGGUUCGCGGCAGUCGUGAUUUUCUAGUUAAUGUUCGAAGGUAAACAUGCGGUAAGCCGCAAAACGCGGGCCGUUUCGUUGGAUGAUCGACGCGCUGCUCGUGUAUUCAAAAUCCUGCAACUUCCACGUUCACGGCUCUUUGCGGCAGGCGCAGCUGAAGAUACAAAUAUCGUAUCUAUCUGGGAACGGCAGAGGCAGCAACAUCGGCUUGAAGAUCGGCUGCCGCGCAACACUUCAACCGCGCACCGUGUGAAUGACGCAUUAUUCACUUCGCCAGUGGAUGCAAACAUUCCCACGUGAUGAUGGAACGAUUCCCUCCCAGCGCGCGCACAAUCAGAGCGCGGCACGCGCUACUGAAGUCUCGAACCGCACAGGGAACGAAAGUAGAUCACGAAACUUUUCAACACAUGGCGGACCACCAACAGGACUGACUUUUACUUUUGUUUGUCGCAGAUAUGAAACAACGUGUAAUUGUGGAAAUAACGCUAUCCGGUGGAUAUAAAGAACUUUGUUGGGGAGAUGCACUUUGCGUGAAUUCGAGUCGUUUCUGUCUGUAUUAAGUUUGCUGGGCUUUCGGGUUCUUCAGUUGGAUUGCGUCGGGAUUUGAACGAAACAUGCCGGAGAAAAUUAGUAUUUUGGAUUUCGUUUCUCUGGCGAAAGACGACCUGUCGUCCCCUGGAAGUUCUGGAUUUCAGUCCAAAAUGAGCGAUUGUCGCACCACCGUGGCCACGCUCGAGGAGUCUCUGGAACAGGACCAGUUAUCCCUUCAGAGAAUGAAGAAAAUGGUGAAGACCAUCCACAACUCGGGACUAAAUCAUGUGGAGAAUAAGGAUCAGUACAUAGAGGUUUUGGAGAAUCUGGGGAACAGUCACUUGACUCAGGACAAUAAUGAGAUCUCCACCGGCUUCCUGAACCUGGCUGUCUUCACACGAGAGAUCACGGCGCUCUUUAAAAACCUGGUGCAGAAUCUGAACAACAUCAUCUCUUUUCCUCUGGAGAACGUGUUAAAGGCAGAGUUGAGAGACAGCCGGCUGGAGCUGAAAAAACUGAUGGAGAAAAGUUGGAAGGAUUACGAUGCCAAAGUUGGGAAGCUGGAGAGAGAGAAGAGAGAGAAACAAAAACAGCAUGGGCUGAUCCGACUGGAAGGGUCCGACACAGCAGAGGACAUGGAAAGGGAGAGGAGGAACUUCCAGCUGCAGAUGUGUGAGUACUUACUGAAGAUGCAGGAGCUUAAAGUUCGUCAAGGUCCAGAUCUGCUGCAGAGCUUGAUCAAGUACUUCCAAGCUCAACUGAAUUUUUUCCAGGAUGGACUGAAAGCUGCAGAGAAUCUUGUUCCAUUUGUGGAGAAGUUAGCAGCCUCCGUACAAACGGUUCGCCAUGAACAGGAUGAAGAAGUUAAGCAGCUCUCUCAACUGCGUGAUUGUCUUCGGACACAACUGCAGGUGGAUGGCAAAGAGGAUUCUCUAAACAGAAAGAACUCUGGCCAUGGCUACAGCAUCCACCAGCCUCAAGGCAAUAAGAAAUACGGCACAGAGAAAUCUGGCUUUCUUCUUAAGAAGAGUGAUGGGAUCAGAAAGGUUUGGCAGAAGAGGAAGUGUGGGGUUAAAUAUGGAUGCCUCACCAUUUCUCACAGCACUAUAAACAGACCACCAGCAAAGCUUAACCUUCUGACCUGUCAGGUGCGGCCCAACCCUGAGGAAAAGAGAACGUUCGAUUUAGUUACACACAAUCGCACAUACCAUUUCCAGGCCGAGGACGAACAAGAAUGCAUGAUAUGGGUGUCUGUGCUACAGAACAGUAAGGAGGAGGCGUUGAACACUGCUCUCGGAGGAGAUCAGCUCCAGUUUCAAGACAGCGGUUUGCAGGAGCUAGUCCGAGCUGUCAUCUCAGGCCUGAGAAAUCUGCCAGGCAAUGAAUCCUGCUGUGACUGCGGAGCACCAGAUCCCACCUGGCUGUCAACAAACCUGGGCAUCCUCACUUGCAUCGAGUGUUCAGGAAUCCAUCGUGAGCUUGGAGUACAUCAGUCACGGAUUCAAUCUCUCACUCUUGAUGUGCUAAGCACCUCCGAGCUUCUGUUGGCAGUCAGCAUUGGAAAUGCCAGGUUUAAUGACGUCAUGGAAGUCAACCUACCCAAUGAUGAAAUCAAGCCUCUCCCAAAGAGUGACAUGACAGCAAGGAAAGAAUACAUUGUAGCAAAGUACGCCGAGCGGCGUUACGUCCUGCCGAAGGAACAACCUGAGCCGUACCGUGUAUUCGAUACAGUGAGGAGCAAAGACCUCACUUCGCUGCUACAGCUCUAUGCAGAGGGAGAGGACCUCUCUAAACCAACGGUCACAAACGAUGGACAGGACCUGAAGGAGACCGCCCUUCACUUAGCUGUGGGGAUGGCAGAUAAGACAUCUCUGUCUCUUGUGGAUUUUCUUGCUCAGAACUGUGGCUGCCUGGAGAAGAAGACAGCAGAAGGAAACACAGCUCUACAUUACUGUGCACUUUACAACAAAUCAGAAUGCUUGAAACUGUUGCUCAAAGCAAAGGCUGGUUUACACACAGUAAACUCAGCAGGUGAGACUGCUCUCAACAUCGCCAAGAGACUGCAGCACACACAAUGUAUUGAGCUGCUCGAGUUGGCCCACAGUGGGAAGUUUAACUCUCAGAUCCAUGUUGAAUACACGUGGGAAACGCCACAGGACAUGUAUGACAGUGAAGAUGAUCUGGACGAUAGGGCGAGUCCUCAUCCUAAGGGAUCUCGGUCUCCGGCUCCCACUGCUGGCAGCAAUGGGCACGUCUCCUCUGCCUGGAGCUUUGCUAAAAGCAAGCCUGCUGGGACAUAUGAGAACAUUGACUUCCUCUAUCGUAACCCUCCAAACAACAGCGCACCCACUGAGGGCACCAUGCCACCUCCUUUACCCGCUAAAGCAAUACAGAGAGGUUGUUCAGACCCUCAGAUCUCGGUUUCCAUUCCAGAGACUCACGCUCCCUACCGCCAGCGCUCCCACCCCACGGGUUGCUUGCAGAGAACCAGCGUAUCCCCCGUGACCGAGUCACCGGUUCAAACACAUACACGAUCUCUGAGCACCGGAGUAUCCAAAGCACAGAGACAUACUGUGUCCUGGGACGGACAAAACUCUUCAGGGACAGAGGUCAAAAAUCCCUCCACCUCUCCACAGAGUCAGAGAGGGCCUGUUAGUUCAGAGAAGACGACCUCAUAUCGGCGCACAAGCAGUGGGAGCCAGGGCAAAGGUUCAGUAGCGGGAUGUGCAGGCAGUCAGGAGGACCUGUACUGCAGUCCAGUGGGCGGAGCCAUCAACCCUGCACCAGCUGCCGCUAAAGCUAACUCCAAUGCUGUUGUGCCAAUCAUACUGCCCCCACCCCGCUCACGGAAAAACGCCAUGAUCUCUUUUAAGCAGAGACCCAGGAAGGUCAGAGCAUUGGUGGACUGCAGAGCGGUCGGUCCGGAUCAGCUAGCUUUCUUUAAGAAUGAGGUCAUCAUAGUGACCGCUUCCGAUGACCCACACUGGUGGGUCGGCCAUAUAGAGGGAGAAAUCUCCAGAAGCGGCUCCUUUCCGGUCAACUAUGUACAUAAAUUAGUAGAAUGAAUCUCAUUGGAUACUUUACACCAUGUGCACCAAGUCUAGGCUGUUCCUUUUAAGUUUUAGAGCCUCUAGACAUGGAAGCAGUGGACUGUAUCGGCAAUGCACUUGCAAUGGAGCCUUUUGGAUCCUGUAAGCUGAUCCAUUGGUCCGUGUCAGAGCUGUUCAUAAUGUAUUUUAGCUCUAUUUAUUUAGAUUGCAUGAAUAGCAGGUACAUUGUAUGUAGCACGUGAAUAUGCAGAACCAGAAUAAAAGUCAUCCAGCUUCAGUUACAUUUCCAAGGAUAAAUGAAUGCCAACGUUCGCUGUCUUUGAUCUUCAAUCAAAUGACCGCAUUUAUAGUCAUUGAUAUUUUAGUUGAAGGAUUUAGGCUGGAUCUAAAAAUUAGAUAAACUUAAGAACAUCUGGCGCCCUUUCACUCUGUCCCCCAGACAGAAAGGCACUAGACUCAUUUACCUUAGCUCUUCCUGUGGUUGGUUCGAUAGCUUGGUGGAGUCGUGCUCUAUGGUUAUUAUUUUAUUCUGUCUGGCAUUAUGACAUCCAAUCAAUGCGCUUCUUUUGGCCAGACAUCAGACAGAGAGUUGAAGGAUGAGAAAUGUAUUUCGUUUCAUCUGUCUCUGCACCGGCGUCUCUGGUUGCGUUCAGUUCCCGGACAUCGUGGCCUAUACUGACAUUCAUACCGAAACGCAUCUGUAAGAUCGGAAUGUCAAAUAAUUGAGAAAAACUAUUCAAUAAGUUUUGAUUGUUGUGCAGACUUUUCCAAAAUAGUCUAGAAGAUAUCAAACAUCAACCAAAUGCUUGGAUUGUAUUUUAUUGUGUUUGUUCUGCAGAAACACAACCUUUUAAACAUAAAUAUUAGGUGCACUGUUUAGAGUGCUCAUAUUCUGUGCUGUUGUGUUAAAAUCAGACUUCAUUUUAUGAAAAAGAUUUCUGUGUCCCACUGUUACAGUCUGUCUGUACAUUCUUUACCGUCUGUAUAGUGUCUAUUGUAUAUUUAACGGGGUCUCCCUCUACACAGAGGUGCUCUUGUGAUGCAUUUGGCACGUGUCUGAAAUCAACAGACUCCAUAUAAAUGUUUGAUAAGCUGAGCACGUAACAGAUGUUUUUUCCCUUCUGCCAUCUCAUUGACUUCUGUGAAGCGUUUUUUUCAGGGGGCAGAGAUAAAAGUAUGUACUGUUGGCAGCAGAGUUCCAAUCGGUUCAGCUGACUUUGUGUUUUAGGAAAGCAAGAGGCGGAAGGUAAUGCUGCCUGUAAAUGAUGCUUGUUGGACUCAAUUGUUUUGUACGUGUUUCCCUGUAACUGCAUAUAUUAUUGAUGAGAAACGAUGUCAUGACUGUUCGCCAAGCUACUUUUAAUACAUUUUAAGAAUGGAAAAUAAAAAUGUGCAAAAAUGA